AUGGAUCCAACUACUCAGACAAACACCCCUUCAGUUUCGAAAUUAAUGGUAGACUCUUUGGCAGCCUUGCAGACACAAGCACAGAGAGGAACUACCACUCGUACCCCUAUCAAGACAGAGGUCACGGCAAAGAAAAGAGAAGAGUCUUCCACUGCUCCUGCUCUAAGUACAGACCUAAGUGAUUGGGAUAUCCCUCUCAGCCAAAUGAAAAAGAAGGAGAUUACUCUUACUGCUGCUGAUGAUGAGGAUCCUUCCACUUCUCCUCAACACAUUCAUCAAAUUCCCAGUCCAAUCAGCAAUGUACCCACAGAACCCACUGUACAACCAACUCCACCACCACCUGAAGCAUCGCAACAAACUCCCUUACAACCUGCUUCACAGUCUUUGCCACAGCAAUCCACACAGUCUGCAUCACAACAUCCUUCCACUUCUCCUCAACACAUUGUCCCUUCUGUCUCUAGCCCUCAACCAUCACCAUCCAACCCCUCCAAUUCCCAAACGUCAAACAAAGAAUCACAGAGGAUUGAAUUUGACAUUUCAAUCAACAGCCAAUCCUCUCCAACAGAUGACAACACAAAAUCCCCUCAACCAGAAGUUCACCACAACCAAGGGAUGGACAUAAUACAGGACUCAUCUCCACGACCAAUGGGCGAGACAGAACUUGAAGGUCCUCAUGACUUUCCCCUGCUAGCAGAACCAGAGAAACACCCUCAAGGCGCUGAUGCUGCCAUCUCAUCAGUACCAGAAACAACUCGUCCUCAUGCGACAACCACAGCUGAACAAGGCCAACCGUCUGCGUGCACGUUAUCAGGACAGGUACUACCAUUUCCAACCUCAUCCUAUUUACUCUUUAUUACUUGCAAGCAUAUAUUCUCACCAAACUAUUAA